CGAACAUCAUACAUCAGUGAUGAAGCUGAGAUAGUGCUAUCAGUCCGUUCUACUCGGGGAGUUGCCCCUUUGUGCCUGAGCGCGAGUGUGUGUGUGUGUGCUUGUAAGAGAGAUAACCGAAAGGAUGCUAAAGAAGAGCGGUGGUAGGUAACCAGUAAAAUGGUGGCAGGGGAAGCAAGUGGGCACAGCUACCUGGUGGCAUGCUGGCAGCCCAUCUUAAUUCUUAUGCUGGGCACUGUGCUGUCUGGCUCAACCACAGGCUGCCCUUCUCGCUGUGAGUGCAAUGCCCAGGAGCGCUCUGUAGUAUGCCACCGUAAAAAGCUGAUGUCAGUUCCUGAGGGUAUCCCAUCUGAGACUAGGUUCUUGGACCUCAGCAAGAACCGUAUAAAAACCAUCAACCCAGAGGAGUUUUCUGGCUUUCCAAACUUGGAAGAACUGGAGCUAAAUGAAAACACAAUCUCCACCAUAGAACCUGGAGCUUUCAACAACCUGUAUGGCCUACAGACUCUUGGAUUACGCAGCAACAAACUGAAGCUUAUUCAGCUAGGUGUGUUUACAGGCCUCAGUAACCUUACCCGGCUGGACAUCAGUGAGAAUAAGAUAGUCAUCCUGCUAGAUCACAUGUUCCAGGACCUGUAUAACCUGCGCUCUUUGGAAGUUGGUGAUAAUGACCUGGUGUUUAUAUCCCACCGAGCAUUCCAUGGCCUCAACAGCCUGGAAAACCUCACCUUGGAAAAGUGCAAUCUGACCUUGGUUCCAACAGAGGCAUUUACCCAUCUACACAGCCUCAACACCUUGCGUCUACGUAACCUUAACAUCAACACCAUUAGAGACUACUCCUUUAAACGGCUCUCCCGACUUAAAGUUCUGGAGAUUGCCAACUGGCCAUACCUGGACACCAUGACAACUAACUGCUUGUAUGGUUUAAAUCUAACUUCGCUAACAAUUACCAAUGCAAAUCUGACUUCGAUUCCAUAUCUAGCACUUCGGCAUCUCGUUUACCUGCGAUUUUUGAACAUGUCCUACAACCCCAUUUCAAUCAUCGAGGGAAACAAGCUCCAUGAUCUGCUCAGACUGCAGGAGCUCCACCUGGUUGGCUGUAGAUUGGUUAAUAUAGAGCCAUAUUCAUUUAAAGGCCUCAACUACUUAAAAAUCCUGAAUGUCUCUGGAAAUUCUCUAUCCACACUGGAAGAAUCAGCCUUCCACUCAGUGGGGAACCUGGAGACCCUGGUGCUAUAUGACAACCCCCUGGCUUGUGACUGUAGGCUUCUAUGGGUCUUCCGUCGUAGAUGGAGGCUCAACUUCAACCGGCAGCAACCCACAUGUGCCUCACCUGAGUUCGUCCAAGGCAAGGAGUUUAAAGAUUUCCCAGACAUCUUACAGCCCAAUUACUUUACGUGUCGUAAGUCCAGGAUCCGGGACCGCAAAGCACAGCAGACAUUUGUGGAUGAAGGGACAACGGUGCACUUUGCCUGCCAGGCAGAUGGAGAUCCAGCCCCAGUCAUUAUGUGGCUUACCCCACACAAACAGUUCAUCACUACAAAAACGAUAGGCAGGCUCACCAUGUUUCUUGAUGGUACUCUGGAGGUGCGCUAUGCCCAGAUUCAGGACAAUGGAACUUAUGUGUGCAUUGCAAGUAAUGCUGGUGGAAAUGACACCACUCUUGCUCAUCUUCACAUCCAUAGCUACUCUCCUGAAUGGGCGAACCAGCCUAACAAGACCUUUGCUUUCAUUUCCAAUCAGCCCAGUGGUGACAAUGGAUCCAAUGAGACAAAAGCUACCAUUCCUUUUCCUUUUGACAUCAAAACUCUCAUCAUCGCCACCACUAUGGGGUUCAUUUCCUUUCUUGGUGUGGUAUUAUUCUGUCUGGUAUUGCUAUUUCUGUGGAGCAGGGGUAAAGGUAAUACCAAACACAACAUUGAGAUCGAAUAUGUACCACGUAAAUCAGACGCAGGGCUGAGCAGUGGUACGUCUGACGCUCCUCGCAAGUUUAAUAUGAAAAUGAUUUGAUCCGCCAAGGAAUUUCAAAGACACUGUAAUCACAGAAUUAUAGUGAAAAUAUCCAUGACUAACCUCUGGAUUCUGGAACCUUUUGUAAAGGAUGUGUGUGUGUGUGUGUGUGUGUGUGCUUUAUUCCUGUAUGUUCUAAAGAUGGAUAUGUAAUGCAGGAGUUCUUUGUUUUCCUUGAUGUUAAAAGAGAAGAAAAAAAGAAACAAAACGUGUGAUGAAACUUUCUGCUCGGCCUUCAGGGACCACGUCUUUAAAAGAGAAUUUUGUUGAAAGGUAUUCAAGUUUCUGUGGAUUUAUAUGGCAAAAGGAAAAGACUAAUAAACUCUACUUAAUGUUUGU